UUCUUCCUCAACAGCAAAAUCCCGAGGCUUCUCUCUUCUUCUGAUUCUUCUUCUUCUUCCCUCCAAACGUUACAGUGACUCAAAUCCAAAGAUCAAAGCAGCAGCGAAGGGAUUGGGUCGCUAUCGUUCACUGUGAGCCAUGAAUGCUCGAAGGGACUACCGCAACAACAAAGUCGCUCUUUUUGAUGGCAUUGAGGAGGGUGGCAUCAGGGCCUCAUCUUCCUAUUCCCAUGAAAUCGAUGAGCAAGAUAAUGAAAGGGCAGUGGAAGGAUUGCAAGAUAGAGUCAAUUUGCUGAAGAGAUUGUCAGGUGACAUACAUGAGGAGGUAGAGAGUCAUAAUCACAUGCUGGACCGAAUGGGAAAUGAUAUGGAUUCAUCAAGGGGAAUGCUAUCCGGUACAAUGGACAGGUUUAAGACGGUUUUUGAGACCAAGUCAAGCCAGAGAAUGUUUACACUGGUGGCAUCAUUUCUGGUCGUCUUUCUAGUUAUAUACUAUCUCACUAGGUAAUUAAUCCAUGAUGGAAUUGAUACAGCCACCUGAUUUACCUUGAACAUGGAAGAUGCUUGCUUUUCACUGUAAUCAAUGUUUUACUUUCUUCUGUCUUGUAAGAUAUUCUGGUAUUUUACUGUAAAGAGAUUUAAGAUGUAUGACAUAGAAGUUGGUUGCCUUUUACACUUGAUUACAUGCCUUUUCUUCAACCACUUGACAACAGAAACAGUCUAGGUUCUGAUGAAGCAUUGCUUAUAAACAGAAGCUCUGAUUCGAUUGUUAAUACAAAAAAGAGUGCGUAUGUAUAUAAAUA